AUGCCAGGUGGUACACCCGGCACGCCAUCCUCCAAAGCGAAGGAAAAGAUAAUGCUGCGGGCGAAAGUUGUGGUGGCACUGUAUCCUUUCCGAGCCAUCGAAGGCGGCGAUUUGUCUCUCGAGAAGGGUGCAGAGUACGAGGUCUUGGACGAUUCCCAGGAGCACUGGUGGAAAGUUAAGGACGAGAAUGGAUCGAUCGGCUAUAUUCCCAGCAACUACGUUAAAGAGAAGGAGCUGUUGGGCCUACAGAAAUACGAAUGGUACGUAGGUGAUAUGUCAAGACAACGCGCAGAGUCGCUGCUGAAGCAAGAAGAUAAGGAGGGCUGUUUUGUCGUUCGUAACUCCUCGACGAAAGGGCUUUACACGCUUUCUCUUUACACGAAAGUGCCACAUCCCCACGUGAAGCAUUACCACAUCAAACAGAAUACCCGCGGAGAAUUUUAUUUAUCGGAAAAACACUGCUGCGGCUCCAUUCCCGAUCUGGUUAAUUACCAUAGACACAACAGCGGCGGUCUGGCCAGUCGAUUGAAGACCAGCCCCUGCGAUCGUCCCGUGCCCCCGACCGCCGGCCUCAGUCACGACAAAUGGGAGAUUGACCCGGCGGAAUUACAUUUGCUGGAGGAGCUCGGGUCCGGUCAAUUUGGAGUCGUGCGGAGAGGAAAGUGGCGCGGCUCCAUCGACGUCGCCGUGAAGAUGAUGAAAGAGGGAACCAUGUCCGAGGACGACUUUAUAGAAGAAGCUAAAGUAAUGACAAAACUGCAACAUCAAAACCUAGUCCAGCUAUACGGCGUUUGCAGUAAAGAUAGGCCAAUAUACAUUGUCACGGAAUACAUGCGACAUGGAUCUCUCCUCAACUACCUCCGCCGUCACGAAACCUCAUUAGGUGCAAACGUUGGCCUCUUGUUAGAUAUGUGUAUACAGGUUUGCAAAGGAAUGGCAUAUUUAGAGAGGCAUAACUAUAUACACAGAGAUCUUGCAGCACGUAACUGUCUGGUGGGAUCGGAAAAUGUAGUAAAAGUUGCAGAUUUUGGUUUAGCUAGGUACGUACUCGAUGAUCAGUAUACCAGUAGCGGUGGCACUAAAUUUCCCAUCAAAUGGGCGCCGCCGGAAGUGCUAAACUACACGCGCUUUAGCUCGAAGUCGGAUGUGUGGGCAUACGGAGUACUUAUGUGGGAAGUAUUCACGUGCGGAAAGAUGCCUUACGGUCGCCUAAAGAAUACGGAAGUCGUCGAGCGGGUGCAGCGAGGAAUCAUCCUGGAACGACCUAAGGCAUGUUUCAAGGAAGUAUACGAGGUGAUGCGUAAGUGCUGGGCACACAGUCCGGAAGUGCGACCGUCCUUCCGCGUUCUGAAGGAGCAGCUGAUGAGCGUUUCUCAAGGAUUGGUCAACGAUUGACUCAACCUGCUGCGGUGUCUGCGCCUGUCCUCACCAUCCUGCCGGUCGAUCCGAUCGACGACGAAAUCGUCGUCGCCGUCGUCGGAACGAUCGCCCUCCACCGGUCAACCCACGUCGAAUUUGCCGUACAAUUCAGCAACGUUGCCGUCGCGCAAGACCCGCGCGCCGGCCUCCCCGCCGCCUUCCUCCACGAUCGAUUUCCCUCGUCGUUUCUCGUCGACCACGUGCAAAUCAAAAAGAGAGGGCUCCUCGUCGCCGAGUACACCCGGGCAUCAAGCUAGUCAACAAAAACCAUCCUCGAGCUCGACUAAUAACGUGUGUGACGUUUGCAGUUCCUACGGACACCCGUGGAUCGAAAUAUGCAAGGCGAUACGAGCCACUAAAGGUAAAUGAGUAAAAAGAGUGUGUGUACGCCUGUGCGUGUACGUGUAAUUGAGUAAUUUACACUUACUCUUCGUUGCGACUAUUACACUAAUUAGAGAGCCGUACCCGUAAUAUGGAGAUGUGAUUCUAAACCCCUCGUAAAGCGUUAACGCUCACCACACUCUCGUCUUACCCUCUCCUCUUACUCCUACCCCGUGUGCAUCUCCGAACAUCUUUUUAGACAGAUGUUCCGUACGUUACGUGGACUUUACUCGAUAAUGGGAUGCGUGAUACUACGUGUGUUUCACAUACUAUUUUUCCCAUAUAAUUUUUAGACUUUACUCUGUAUCGUCAUAAAUACAUUUCUAUAUAGAACAAUAGUAUUUAUUGAUGGCCUUUGCAACAGAUGCAAUAUUCAAACUUGUGAUUCCGCUUAGAAUAAAUCAUUUUUUAUUAUUAUCAUUUUGACAAACAGCGACACAACUUCGAAUCGGAAAUAUUGUUUCUGCUUAAUAAACCGAUUUAAUAAGUA